AUGGCUAUCAGACCUGUUUAUAGGCCCACAAUCGUCAAAAAGAGGACGAAAAGAUUCAUCAGACAUCAAUCUGAUCGCUAUGACAAACUUAAGCGUAACUGGCGUAAACCCAGAGGUAUUGACAACAGGGUACGCAGACGCUUCAAGGGCCAGUACUUGAUGCCGAGCAUCGGUUACGGAUCAAACAAGAAGACCCGUCAUAUGCUACCCAAUGGAUUCCGUAAGGUCUUAGUCCACAAUGUCCGUGAGCUGGAAAUUCUCAUGAUGCAGAACAGGAAGUACUGUGCCGAGAUUGCUCAUGCUGUCUCCUCGAAGAAACGGAAGGCUAUUGUAGAACGAGCCCAGCAGUUGAGCAUCCGAGUGACAAAUGCUGCAGCCCGCCUCCGCAGCCAGGAGAACGAAUAA